UAUAAAAAAUAUAAUAAAAUAUUUAAACGCGUAAUAACUUACGAUGUCGAACUCUGUGAAAAUGGAAUUUCAUAAAUCUCUAUUAGGUUUUGAUCUAAUAGCUCCCUUGAUUCCGACUAAAACAAGCGUAAUGCGAAAUUCGCGCUUCUCGCUUAAGAACAUUAAUCGUAAAAGUCGAAUGAUAGAGAGAUAUACAUUGACUGGAAUAUAUACUGAACCAUAUUCGAAAAUGCAUACCCGCCAUAUAACGGAUAAGGCUUACAUGCAAGAAAAUUUCGAGCUAAGGUCUUCACUUGAUUCUAUUGGACCAAAAUAUAUCUGUCAUGAUUCAUUGAUUAGUUCAUCGAGAUGUGCCAGCUAUUCCGGGUUUCAUAUACCUCUACGCAUGCGUUGCCUUGCCAAUUAUAUACAAGCUGGUCGCAAGUAUGAGGAACAAUUCCAAAAAGAGAUCAAAAAUCUGAUUGAUAAUCAAACAUCUGCUCUAGAGGCAUGCCAAUUUGUUAGAAUGAUGAGCUAUACAACGCUUUGGCCACCAUUGCAUAAUGCCAAAGAAUUGGCUUCGACUAGUAAGAAAUUUUUCCAAUUGGACAAAAAGGAAAAACAGCGUUUACAAAAAGUUAUGACAACCGAUUAUACGUGAUCUUUCUAAUCGAUAACUUUAUAAAAUUUAUUAAUGAAAAUCUGCGAAAACGAGGAUUGGAAUUAUAUAAAGUUUAUAAACCACUAAAAUCUAAA